AUGCCAAAAUCGCCAGAUAAAAUCGAAUCCCGAAUCCAGGAGGCCUUAAAAAAGGCUUCAUGUCAAAAAAAGCCAAAUAUCUCUGCGUUGGCGCGAGAAUUCGACGUGCCUCGCAAACGGCUUCACGAACGCUUCAAGGGUCGGCCACCAAGAACCGCCAAAAUCCCGCGCAAUAAGGUAUUAGAUGACCAGCAAGAGAAGGCAAUUAUUCGCUGGAUUCGACAGCUUGAUUCCCUACAUUCGCCGCCUACCCCAAAGAUGAUAGAGUGCUGUGCAAACCAGAUUUUGCAGAGGAAUGUGUUAUCUGUAUCCAAGCCGGCUCCGCGCGUAGGGGAAACCUGGGUAUAUCGGUUUAUUCAGCGCCUUCCUGACGACCUACAUCUUAUCAAACAGAAGCCAAUUGAGAAAGAUCGACUAGGGGCAGAAGAUAUUGGUAUUCUGACACAUUGGUUUGAUCUCUUGGAGCCAUAUAUAGCCCGGAUUCCACCAAAGAAUAUAUAUAACUUUGAUGAAACUGGCUUUCAAUUAGGGCAGGGGAAAUCUCAAAAAGUCGUCACUUCCAACCCUAUACGAGCCUCCCGAGGCAUUGCAACUAGCGAGACAAACGAAUCCUUGACAGCCAUUGAAUGUAUCGCGGCCGAUGGUACUGUCCUUCCUCCAUACUUCAUCUUCAAGGGCGAAUAUCAACUGGAACGUUGGUAUCAACAAAUUCCUGAUUCUGCGGAUACAGACAAAUAUCGAAUUGCUACAGCUUCCAAAGGAUAUACAACAGAUGAGAUUGCAAUGGAUUGGAUCAGGCACUUCCAUCAGCAUACAGAAAAGCGGGUUUCUAAGACUGAUGCAAGACUAUUGCUUAUGGACGGCCACGGAUCCCAUCUCACAUAUAAUUUUCUGAAUUAUUGUGAGAAAUACAACAUUAUACCCUUCUGUUUUGUGCCUCAUACAACCCAUCUUGUCCAGCCGCUUGAUGGUCAGCCCUUUCAGGCCUAUAAACACUAUUUUCGCAAGAAAAACAAUGAGAAUAUACAGUGGGGGAUAUCCACUAUGGACAAGCCGACUUUCUUCGUGAUAUCCCUCAAAUUCGCCAGGAUACAUUCAAACAACGUACAAUCCGAGAUGCCUUUAGUGAUCGGGGAUAUAUCCAUGGAAUCCUUCAAAACAGUUCGUACACUGCGACGGAGCAUUCAGAAGCUGGAUAAGUUUGUCAAUGAAAAUCCUAGCCUUGAUCAAAGCUUUACACGCCGUCUUGACCGAGUCUUUCAAAGUGCUAUACAAACAGCUGAAUUGACAGCCCAACUUCAAAGCGAUAUCUCUCAACAUCUAGAGCGUGCACGCGCUCCAAGCUCUCAGAGAUCUCGCAGAAGAAUCCCUACUAUAGGGCCAUUGACAGUUAAAGAUGCAAAUCGUCAGGUUGCUGAACGUGCUGAAGCUGAACGAAAGAAGAUUAUUUCCCGUGUCCGGAAACGCCAACCUUCAAAGCCAAUUCCCACCACUACACAACGGUCGGAUACUGUUGAAAAUACUCAGGGAGAUAGCCAGGAUCCAGGAGAUAUUAAUGCGCUAUUUAAUGUAUUUAGAUACUAG